ACAGACAGGCAGAUAGUGAAGAUGAUAAACGCUUGUGUGGCAGACCGAGAUCGCAAACUCCUCCAGUAUGACGCCAUGUUGGAUAAUCACGUGAUCGUGCGGAUCUUAAAGAGACACCGCACACUAUUCGCUUCACAGAUAGCAUGUGAGACGAGAGCAGGUGAAGACUCGCUUUCAAUCUCGGUUUAAAACAACACUUAAAUGCAGAAGGAUGUUUGAUAAGGGAACAUAUAUUGACAGCGACGUGAUUUAACAGCAAGUCUCGACCUACACAAAUAUUUUUUGCCAGUCAGCACUGAAUAUUCAAGGCAGCAGCUAUGUACGAGAACGUACCGACAGUGUCGGCUUCAGAUCGACAGCAGGUCCUUCAGGCCCUGGAGAGGUUGCAGUCCAAGCUCGUGCAGAGAGAUGAGUUGAGCCACAGCGACCGGCUCGGGAUGCUUAAGGAAGCCUUGCAGAGUCCUCUGUUUGGACAUAUACUCACCCUGCAGCACUCCGUCAAACAGCUUAAAGACCAGUUAAACAGCUUGCCACCAGACACCUGCAGUGAGUUCAAUUUUUCCAAAAAGGGUCAGUUGAUCGUCAGCGCCAGUCGCCCAUCCAGCAGUCUCGGUUCUGUGGUUUCCAACAGUACGAACUCCACAAAUGCGGCUGCGGAGCAGCUUCAGAGGUGGAUCAAUGUAGCCGCAAAGGGAAGGAAAGUCGAGUUAAUCAGCCUACAGAAGCCGUUGUCUGGAGGUCUGGGCUUCAGUGUGGUGGGCCUGAGACCCGAAGGGGUGGGUAGUCAUGGCGUCUUCGUCAGGCAGGUGCAACAAGGAAGCGUUGCAGACAGGGAUGGACGUCUGCAGGAGAACGAUCAGAUUCUAGCGAUUAAUGGGAUUCCUCUGGAUCAAAGCGUGACGCAGCAGCAGGCCAUUGCUCUCCUACAGCAGCAGAGAGAUCGUGUGGAGCUGGUCGUGGCCAGAGACACAGCGCCCAAACCCAGGCUGUCUACAUCUGGACCCAUUCAGACGGACCAGUGGGGACAUGUAGAAGAGAUCGAGCUGGUAAACGAUGGAUCCGGAUUGGGCUUUGGGAUUGUCGGAGGCAAGACAACCGGAAUGGUGGUCCGGACUGUGGUGCCGGAUAGCGUAGCUCAUAGGGAUGGAAGGCUGAGAACAAACGAUCACAUUCUGCGGAUCGGUGACACGUCGACGGAGGGUUUGGCCAGUGACCAGGUGGUCCAGGUGCUUCAGGCCUGCGGUAGCCGUGUGAGGAUGUUGAUUGCGCGAGACCCUCUCGGGGCCGCCCAGCCUCCGGCACCACCUCCAUCUGCCCCCGCCACUGUUCCUGUCACAUCCCUGCCCCCUCCACCUUUACCCGCCACUGCCCCUGUCACCUCUGUGUCCCCUCCACCUCCCGUCCCAGCCCGCUGGAGCAGCAAAAUGCCAAAUCUGGAGGGCUACGAAAUUCACGAAGUGGCGUUAAAAAAGAAAGAAGGCCAGAGCCUUGGGAUUUCUAUUAUUGGUUAUAACGCCUUGAAUGCUGAUGAUGCUGUGGGUGUCUUCGUGAAGAACGUGAUUCCGGGCAGUGCCGCUGAGCAGAGCGGGAAAAUCCUUGUCCACGACAGGAUAAUAGCGUUGGAUGGAGUGAACCUCCAGGGCUUCAAUAACAAGGAAGUCCUAGAGGUAAUGAAGGGCACCGGAGAAACCGUACACCUCACCCUCAUUCGGAAAAUCACCUCACCCAGGAGGACGUCUGUGGAGAGAUCCCUGGAUAAAGUCCAGAGAGAGUCAUCUCGCGUAUCUCUGAAGAGAUCGUCUGAGAUCAAGGCGCGAUCGGACGUUCAGAGGAGCUCUGUGAUGGAGUCUGUGGAUCCUGCACUGAGUGGGAUCAAACAACAGCUGCAGGGGAAACUGCAAGAACCGGCCCUGCUGACGGAGACGGAGAUGGAGCUCCGCGCUAAAUGGGAGCAGGCCCUCGGCCCGCAUUACGAUGUUAUGGUGGUGGAGCUGGACCCUGUCAUAGAGGAUGAUGUUGAGCUGCAGAAGUAUUCAAAGCUUCUACCAAUACACACAAUGCGCUUGGGCGUUGAACUGGACUCUUUUGAUGGGCACCACUACAUCUCCACAGUGGCUCCUGAGGGUCCGGUAGCGAAACAUGGGCUGCUUCGACCAGAGGAUGAACUUCUGGAGGUGAAUGGUGUGCAGUUGUAUGGGAAGUCCAGACGUGAAGCUGUUGCAUUCCUUAGAGAGGUUCCUCCUCCGUUUACCUUGGUCUGCUGCAGACGCCUCGCCGAAGAAGGCAGUGAAUACCAGCCAGAAUCAGAGGAGUGGCGCUCCACCAGCCCCUCAUCCAGUGUCCAGGAACAGAUUGAGAAUAACCUCUCCAUGCUGGCUAAAGAUACAAGUCUACGGGACAGUUUAAGAGAGCAGUUUAAGGCCCGUCAGGCAUCGGCAAUGCAGCGAGACUUUGACAAUAAAGAAGAUUCUUUUGAGCCAAGUGGCCUGAGGAGAGAUGAGACCGAGGUAAAGGAUGAAGAAGAUGAUGAUGAAGAAGAUCUGGCUCUCUGGUCUCCAGAGGUGCAGCUGCUAGAACUGGAGAAGGGCGAAAGGGGUCUCGGCUUCAGCGUACUUGACUAUCAGGACCCUCUUGAUGUUGCUCGCUCUGUGAUCGUCAUUCGUUCUCUGGUGCCCGGAGGGGUGGCAGACAAUCAUGGCGGGCUCCUCCCAGGAGACCAGCUGGUGUUUGUCAAUGAUGUUCAUCUGGACACAUACUCUCUAUCCCAGGCCGUCGAGGUCCUCAAAUCUGCUCCACCUGGGAAGGUCAAACUUGGAAUCAGGAAACCACUGGUGCCAGAUGAGAGCAGCAGUGUGCAGCAGUCCUCCUGGCCUGUAGAGAGCGCUGAUGAACAGCCAAUGGCAAAGCAGGCCAUCAGCCACCCUCACCUAACUAUGCCAGAGGUCUUUAGGAACGACAUCUUAUCUGAUGACCUGGAUGAGGAGCCAGAGCUGAUCCUGGAUGCAGAGCCCCGCUAUGCCUCCCCCCUUACCACCAUCAACCUCAUGCCUGGCCUAGAAAGAGAGAUGGCUGUAGAUGAAGACGAGGAUGAGCUGGAGACGGUGGAGAUGAGGAACGGUCAUGGGAGCUCCGAGGUCCGACAGGAGAGUCUGCCCUCAUACCUCAGCGUGAAGACUCGCUCCUGGGAUGAACCCGCAACAUCCAAUCCCUAUGAGUUCAGCUCUCAGUCUGAUACACAGCAACAGCCACAGUUCACAGAAGUGGGCGACGAUCUUCUCGCAAGCAUCGAUCGCAUUCAGCUCCAUCAAAUGCCUCUCAGUCAGUCUGUGUCAUGGCUGGAGGCAGCGGACAGUGAAGCUGAAUCUGAGUCCAGAACAUCAGAGCUCACAUUGACCGACACAGACACAGAGUCUGCACAGAUGACUUCCUCUAAAAACAGUAAGAGAAGAAACCAGGGGGCCGGCGUUCCACCAAUCAGAGGAGGCCAUGGUGAUCUUCCAGAGAGGGAGGAAGGAGAAGGUGAAGAGACACCUGUUUUCAGUCACUGGGGUCCAUCACGCAGAGUGGAGGUGUGGUUGAAACCGCAGGAGUCUCUGGGCAUCAGCAUAGUGGGAGGACGCACUGUUAUAAAGAGACUGAAGAACGGAGAGGAACUGAAGGGCAUUUUCAUCAAACAGGUGCUGCCCGACAGCCCAGCUGGAGCCACAGGUGCCCUUAAAACAGGAGACAAGAUCUUAGAGGUGUCCGGGGUGGACUUACAGAAUGCCAGCCAUGAGGAGGCAGUACAGGCUAUCAAAAUGGCCUCCAGUCCUGUAGUCUUCGUUGUACAGAGUCUCUCCUCCACUCCACGGCCUGUUUCUGUGACAGCUCCCAGCAUUAGACAGCACAAAGCUAAGAGGAAAGCCGCCCAGCAGAAAGCAGGUCAGGCCAGCGCCCCCCCGCCCAUGCGCCUCCCUCCACCCUACAGACCUCCCAGCCAAGUGCAAGAUGAGGAACAGCUGGAGGACGAGGAGAAUGAGGAGCAGGCUAAAGAGGUGAUCAGGCAGAGGUACGCGGACCUGCCAGGUGAGCUGCUAAUCGUGGAACUGGAAAAAGAUCGCAAUGGCUUGGGGCUUAGCCUGGCCGGAAACAGGGACCGGUCCUGCAUGAGCAUUUUCGUGGUGGGGAUCACCCCCGGGGGUCCGGCUGGACGCGAGGGGUGCAUCAGAGUGGGCGACGAGCUAUUGGAGAUAAACAACCAGGUGCUGUACGGCAGAAGCCACCAGAACGCGUCGGCCAUAAUAAAAAGCGCACCGUCAAAGGUCAAACUCGUGCUGGUCAGGAAUGAAGAUGCCAUCAAUCAAAUGGCCGUCCCUCCCUUCCUCUCCCAGCCCUCCUCUCUGUACCCCGCUGAGGUCUUGAUGUUUCAGACGCAUCACAAUACAUCAUCACUUCCACCUUCAGUAGAGAAACCCCCUCCUCAUCUACCCGAGAGUCUUCCUGUAAGCAGAAGCCCGCCUGAACCCACACAAAUCAAAAUUCAGGAGCAACCCAGCAUGGUUUCAACCACAAGCACUGCACCCAGAGAUCAGACGCAGAUGAACCUCAAAGAAGGAGAGUCGGUCUUAAAUAAGCCCAAGUCUACAGAGAAAGUGUUGGAGUCCAUAAGUGAACCAUCACCAAGACCUCAUGUUGAACAGAUCACCAGUCUUCCAAAAAGCCAGAGAAGUACCACCAAUCCCCCAACAGGUUCUCUGGAGGUCACGACCUCAGGAUCAUCCGUGCCGGCCGAUCCCGCAGACUUUGAGUACUGCUGCAAAGACCCUGCUACAUGCCCCAUAGUGCCAGGACAAGAGACUGUUAUUGAGAUCUCCAAAGGCCGAUCUGGACUGGGUCUCAGUAUAGUCGGAGGAAAAGAUACUCAACUGGAUGCCAUAGUGAUUCAUGAAGUAUACGAGGAGGGGGCGGCAGCACGGGAUGGACGACUUUGGGCAGGAGAUCAAAUACUUGAGGUAAACGGUGUGGAUCUGCGCAGCGUCGCUCACGAAGAUGCAAUAGCUGCUCUGAGGCAGACGCCAUCGAAAGUGCGGCUGACGGUCCUGCGGGACGAGGCGCAAUACAGGGACGAGGAGAACCUUGACGUGUUUCGCGUGGAGUUGCAGAAGAAAACCGGACGCGGGCUGGGCCUUAGCAUUGUCGGUAAAAGAAACGGUAAAGGUGUCUUCAUCUCAGAUGUGGUGAAGGGCGGAGCAGCCGAUCUGGAUGGCAGACUGAUGCAGGGUGAUCAGAUCAUAGCUGUGGAUGGCGAGGACAUGAGACAGGCGUCGCAAGAGGCCGUAGCAGCAAUCCUCAAGUGCGCCAGAGGAAAAGUUCAGCUGGAACUGGGCCGACUGAAGGCUGCUUCCUGGAUCUCCUCCAGACGCACCUCUCAGGGAAGUCAGAUGAGUCACGUCAGCAUCAACUGCAACACCCCGGUGCCCUCUGCUGUGGUGCCGCCUCCUACUGUGGCCCCACCUCCUAUAAUGGCCCCGCCUCCUUUUCAAACCCUCAAUAAUAAUAGCCGAGCCAUCACUGAACCCAGCAGUGAAAGCACAGGGACAGAGCCUGGCCUUCGUACAGUGGAGAUCACACGGGGUCCCACAGAUGCUCUCGGUGUCAGUAUAGCGGGCGGCAAGGGCAGUCCGCUGGGCGACAUUCCCAUCUUCAUCGCUAUGAUCCAAGCCAAUGGCGUGGCUGCUAGGACACAUCGCCUUAAAGUUGGUGACAGGAUUGUGAGCAUUAAUUCUCAGUCUCUGGAUGGCCUGACUCACGGGGAUGUCGUAAAUAUGCUGAAGAAUGCUUAUGGCAGUAUUGUCCUCCAGGUUAUCGCCGACACCAACAUCAGUGCUAUAGCCAGUCAGGUGGAGAAUCUGUCCACUAGCUCCGCCCCCAGCACAAACCCUGAGGUCCGGCCAUUGGAACCAGAGGCGCCCAAGCCGAACACCAUUACGCUGGAGAAAGGCUCAGAGGGGCUGGGGUUCAGUAUCGUGGGUGGUUUCGGGAGUCCACAUGGCGAUCUCCCCAUCUAUGUAAAAACUGUGUUUAGCAAGGGGGCGGCAGCGGUCGACGGUCGUCUGAAGCGAGGAGAUCAGCUGCUAACCGUUAAUGGAGAGAGUCUAGAAGGAGUCACGCAUGAGCAAGCUGUGGCCAUCCUAAAAAAACAGCAAGGGAGCGUCACGCUUUCUGUGCUGUCCUAACACACAUAAACUGACACACACAGUCCAUCCACGUUACAUUGGAUGCAUUUGGGUCACUUAACUUCCUCAUACGGUCUGAGAAAGCCGACUCAUAAGCUCCGCCCCUUUACCGUUUGAGCACCUGGGAUUUUACGUCAAUCAACUUGAUAAUAAAGGGAAAUCACAUUGCGUCUUCACAACGUUGCGUCUUCUUCGUGUUAUUCUUCGGACUUGUAGCCUCUCUACAGUGGUCAUUGUGCACUUUGUGUGGAAAUAUUAAAGAUGAACAUGGUUAUGAAAUGAAUGAUUGGAAGAUGAGACCUGGAGGUGAAGUUGAGGUAGCAGACACACACACAAAGUAAAACGCGCGAACAUACUCAAUCAUUUCAGUUCAAUAGGACAGUGCGUAGUGUGGUCCUUGUCAUUUCAUAAUAAAAUUUAGAUUUUUUAUUUGCCCAAUAAAUGUAUGUGUGUAAUUUAAAACAAGGACAAGCAUUAAUAAGGGAAAGUAUGUGGUUGAAAGUGUUUAAAAAUGUGCCUUUGGAACAGGCAGAACAGAUCGUAUUUCUGGUAUUAUAUAUAUUUAGCUUUCUGCUUAUUUCAAGGACGAAUUCACCCAAAACAAGAGUGUGAUUCUCACGAAAUUCAGAUUAAGAAGGUGUCCAGCAGCAUCACUUUUUAAAAAGCCCUUGAAGCCAAUUUUUUUUAGAUUAAGGUCUGAACCCACUAUAACUAUUAUUUUCAGACGAUUUAAAAAAUAUUUCCUAUAGAAUUAUUUACAUUUUUAGAUUAUCAUUAUCAAAAAUUAUCAUUAUAACAUUAAAUAUAUGCAUUUACAAUUUCAUGUUUUGGUAAUGAGAACUAAAGGUAUUAUGACAAACAAAAUUUCAACUUUUAUCUGGAGAGAAAAAAUAAGAACUGCUUACCUGGCAGCCAUCUUGAGUGUCACAGUCAAUUAUGUCCCUUCCAUUAAUUUUAUUUUUUUUUUUUUCGAAAAUGUUAGUUGCUUAAGGGCUUAAACAAUGAUUGAAAAUUGUUGCGGAGGAUGAGAAAUAUGGUCUUGGACACAUUUAUAUUCCUUAUUAUUGUUCUUUACAUUUACCAAUGACCAACAAAUACCACAUUUUUCUUUACUCUAAAUGUAGUAAAACAUGCACUGAAGCUUUUUAUUUUCUAGAUUUUUUAAAUCAUAAAUAUUUCCACAUCAAAGAACCCAAAUCCAGUCAUGGACACGUUGCGGUAAUGAAAAUGUUCCUCUUAAAUGUGGAAAAAAACAAAAUUGGUUUGUAUGUUGUCAUUUGAAAUCAUGUGCAUGAAGAGAUGUUUGUUACUGUAUGCUUCUAACUUUGCAUUUACUUUUUUAUCAAAAUGUUUCAUGACACCUCAUAAGUCUAAUUUCGCGAGAAUCACCCAAGAAUUUUGAUAAUUAUCCACAUUCAUGUUGUUACAAACUCAUUUGACUUUCUUCUAUUGAGUGUAAAGUAAGACUUAAAAUGAUGAGAGUGAAUGCGACAGGGCCAGAAAAAAAUAAGAAAGUCAUGUAGGUUUGCAUCAAAUUGUAUUUUUUAGGUAAGCGAUUCCGCUUAAAUGUUUUUUAAAUGAUUAUUAAAAUCAAACAUCUGCUGAUAUGUGUUGCACAAAAAUCUUCAUCCAUAACAGUGUCAUAAUUAAAUUUGUAAUUUCUCAUUAAGUUUGCAUUUCAAUGUAAAUAUGUAAUUUAUUUCUUUUUUAAAACAUUGAUUUCAAUUAUCUGUGGCAUCUCACACAUCCCUUUCCUUCUUGUGUGUGUCGUAUGGAUGGAGAUAUGUCAUUCUCUCUUAUAGAGGAAGUGUACCAGGCUCUUAUAGGCUCAGAUUGUAAACAGCAUGUGGCAGCCUCACCCAGAUCGUCCGCCAGGAUUUUGUAAGCCCAUAGCAGACAUACGUCACUCAUACAAUGCCAUUCUCGUGCCAUGUGGACACUGCGUUGGGAUCUGUCCACCACUGCAUCCCUUUAAUAGCCUGCCUCCUAAAUGUCUUUCCAUGCCUUCCUUUUGUGAACCAUAAAACUUGGCUUAAAUGGCUUAAACAAUCCUUAAUUUGAAUCGAAUUCAUGAAGGUCGAGUUUGCAGUAGAAAAAGCUUCACAUCAGUACAAUAUCACUGUAAAGUCCAAAGAAUACCAUUUAGUAAAUAUGUUAGUUACAGAAAGUUAAGCUUGAUUUAGAAAGAUUUACGAGAUGAACGUGAUCAGUAUGCUCUGUCGGUUUAUUUUGGAAAAGUAGAAUUUAAAUAAUAAAGUUAUUUUCAUUUUAA